AUGUCCGAGACUAUAUCCUCUCACCUGCCGACCCUGGCCACCGACGCCCAUGUCAAGUAUGUCCAGGGCCUCGACUCCAAAACUGACGAGGUGGAUUACUGGCUCACCGAGCAUCUCCGUCUGAACGGUGUCUACUGGGGGCUCAACGCUCUGCAUCUUCUACGUCGCCCCGACGCUCUCCCUCGCCAAGAAACCAUAGACUUUAUUCUUUCCUGCCAGCAUGAAAGCGGUGGGUUUGGCGCUGCCCCGGGCCACGAUGCGCACAUGCUGUCUACCGUAAGCGCGGUCCAGGUUUUGACCAUGGUUGACGGUCUCGAUGAUCUCGAGGCACGGGGCGCAGGGGAGGGAAAAUUACAAGUUGGAAAAUUCAUGGCCGAAUUGCAAAAUCGCGAAACUGGAAGCUUCUUUGGCGACGAGUGGGGCGAGGAAGAUACACGAUUCCUCUAUGGAGCCUUGAACGCGUUGUCGUUGCUGAAACUGCUGCAUCUCGUAGAUGUCAAGAAGGCUGUCGAGUUUAUCGCGAGUUGUGCCAACUUUGAUGGCGGUUUCGGUGCCAAGCCUGGCGCCGAGUCACACUCGGCGCAAAUUUUUACAUGUCUUGGGGCACUCUCUAUUGCCAAUCGCCUCGACCUCGUCGACAAGGAGAAGCUAGGCCGAUGGCUCAGUGAGAGGCAGCUGCCAGGAGGAGGGCUGAAUGGCCGACCAGAGAAGACGGAAGACGUGUGCUAUAGCUGGUGGGUGUUGUCGAGCCUGGCCAUGAUCGACCGAACGCAUUGGAUCGACCGGGAUGGCCUCAUCAAAUUCAUCCUGAGCGCGCAGGACUCCAAGAAUGGCGGGUUCUCAGAUACGUCCGGAAAUAUGACAGACGUUUUCCACACAUGUUUUGGGUUGGCUGGGCUGAGUCUGUUGGGGUAUCCAGACCUUGAGCCGGUAGAUCCUCGAUACUGCAUGCCCAAGCGUAUUACCGAAAAGGCGUUGGGCUAA